AACAGCUCUUUCAGCUCUACUCCCGUCGUCUACUGGCCUGCCUGCCUGCCCGCUCGGUCACCGUUGCCGGACUUCAGCUGCUUCGAGUGAACUUUUUGGUGAAAAGGAAGGACACACACGCCGGAAAGCAAGGGUCAACAUGGAGCAGGAGCAGGGCCAGGUGGCACCCAUCGAGGUGAACGGUGGGGAUGAGCAACAGGGCGGUAGCAUCGACAUCGGGGCAGGUUCCGAUGGGCCGCCGAGCAUUAUCGGUGUCGGUCCGCCGAGCCCGCUGACCGGUUGCUAUCUGUUGAUUGUCAUCGGUGAGCCACACUCGCAGGACCAUAAGGAUAUCAUUCUCCAACGGCUAAUCAAAGGCUUCCUUUCAUGGGAUGUUGUCGAUUGCCAUGUCGACUUGGAGGAGGAACUGCAUACAAUCACGUUGCAGGCAUUGGAAGGCGAGGAAGGCAAGCAUGGUGAACGAUUGAUUCAGUAUGCCAGCGAAAAUCUGGUUACUGAAAUCUUGAUUCAUCCACAAGUCAACACCUUCAUCCAAUGCAUCCGGAAUCUGCUGAGUAGCUUCACUCGGCACCGUCACAUCAUCCAUACGGGCUACACGUUCUCAGGCAAUGGAUCGUGGAUAUUACAGGAUGGAACUUUUUCAGUGAUGGAUUUCAUGGAGGCAUUCCAAGAGCACGAGGUACAGCGCGUACUUCGUGCGUAUCCUGAAACGAUCACCAUGGAUAUACAUUGUGCUCCCGCAGGGCUGUGGCACACAAUCCAGGAAAAGUCCUUCUCGCGACUGUGCCAGGUUCGCUUGAAUCCGGUGGACGUACUGAGCUCGGGCAGUGAAAAAUUGAAUGGCUUUGUCGCCUAUUUAUCGUCGAUGAUCAUACCGACGGAAAUUUCCGAGCUGUUGGAAAGCUCGGAUGUUGUUGGAAACAUUCGUUUCAGCCAUCCCACUUUGUACGUCUUCCCGGGAGGUCAGGGAGAUGCUGCUCUUUUCGGAAUCAAUGGCUUCAACAUGCUAGUUGAUGGAGGCUUCAGCCGUAAAUCUUGCUUCUGGGACUUUGUACGCCAUCUAGAUCGGCUAGAUGCGGUAUUGAUGACGCGCAUCAACAACACCAACAUCAAGGGCAUUUCGUCCGUAGUGGAGCGCAAGAGCGAAGCCCACGUCUACCCCCAGAUAGGACACUUCUUCUGCAACAUUCCCGAGCGCAAAGGUUUGCCGAGCCCGGACGGAGACAAGGAUCGGGACCCGCUGUUGGUGGACAUACUGCAGGAGGGUCACCAGAUCGUAACGAACCUGAAGUCGUUGAACUUGAAGGCACAAAACUGUUACCGCGAUGUGGAACCGAUCAAUCUGUACCAUAAGGUUGGCCACGGAACGCUCGAUAUGUACGUCAUCAGCCCGUCGCGCGACUCGCGUGAGGUAAAGGAUUUUCUCACCCGCUGGGCAGCCGCCGAUCAGCGCCUGUUUACCAAAGAGACGAAGGAUGGCAAAGAUUUUGCCUUCCCGCUACAAAAUCUCAUCUCGAUCUGCGCUCUGCUCGUGUGGACACCGGCCAAUCCGGAGGACAAUAUUACGCGCAUUCUUUUCCCGGGUUCGGCGCCCGAGUAUAAGAUCCUCGAAGGGUUGGAAAAGAUGAAGAAUGUCGAGUUUAUGCGGCAGCCAGUGUGCCCAGUCAAAUCAAUCACUGCAAACCUUUCGACACCAGUAUUAGUCACGAAGAAGUCCCUCAAAUCGGCCUCGACCGAUCGCAUUAUAUCGGAAGCGAUGCAUCCGUCCAAACCAAAGGACAACAAACUGAUCGACAACAAGAUGCGAAUGAUGGCGGCCGAUAAUAAGCUUGCUGCGGAUGGAAUGGAUAGUUCAGCGGAUGAAAUCAAGAUGGAGAAACAACUAUCGAAGCCACCGGGUACCACCACCGUUGCUUCGGCCAAAAUGGACAGCAAACCGAAAGCGAUUCGUGCCGGCAAAGCAAUGACCGUGUCCGAGAAGAAGCUGGACAACAAGAAGCUAGAGCAGCAACAGCAGCAGGACGAAAAGAAGGACUCCAUUUCGGACGUUAGCUCCGACAAGGAAGAUGUGCUGUCGACCGACAAAUCUAAGCCAUUGGCGGUGGACAGUGAAAAAAGUCUCGACGAUGCGCCCGAUGGACAAGAGAAAAAGGAGGAAGUAGGCUCAGCCAAACCUGACCUUGAGGCGAAAGAAAAGAAGAAAGAGGAAGCUGCAUCUCCUGCCGGGGCCGACACCGGUGGCAUGGUCACAAAAGCCACCAGAAAGCCUCCUGCAUCACGCACACUUACAUCAUCGACGGCUAGAUCAAAGGUUGACACAGCGAGUAAACCUUCCAAACCGUCGGCUGAUCGAAAACCCGUAGUGAAGAAGCAAACCGAAGCGAACAAAUCGUCACCAACGACACCGAAGAAAACGAGCUCAAUCGAAUCGAAGCUAACCAACGGAAGUGCCACUAAAGCAGAACAGGGAGAAGACAUCAAAAAAGCUGUCGGUAAGACAACUGCGUCUAAAACGAUAGGCACCAAACCGGGCAAAUCUAGUCCAAAAGCUACUCCAGCCAAGAGUGCCAAGGAUGAAAACAAUCGCAAAGUUCUCGAGGCGAGACAGCGCCCCACGAUGGCUGCUAAGCGCGAGACUCGAAAAGAUCUCGAGAAGAAAGAGGCUCCUGCAUCGAAGCCAGCUGAGCGCAAACCUAUCUCACGUCGUCCGAAGGGUAGCGUUACGACAUCUUCCAGUGCAGCGACUGCCGGUGGCAGUCCUGUGAAGGCUAAGAAGGUGUUGAAAUCCGAAAAGGACGCCGUCAUCAGGAAGGCUAAGCUAGAUAAGAACGGUACAACCGAUUCGAGUCUCGUUUCGACCCCCAGUGCAGAUGAAGGAGGCGUUCCAGUAUCGAAGCGUCCAGCAGGGAUCGCCGCUACUGAUGUCGUUCCUGGUGAUAGUGAUACACUGGAGGCGAUAAAGAAACAGCAACAGCUAGCCGAGCUAAAGGAGGAGCAAGAGGCGGUUCGUGAGAUUGAAGCCGUAUUCAAUCGCGAUUCGGCUGCGCAAAAGGCUCUCAAGCAUCGAGAACUGGCAACGACUGAGGAGCAUCGUGAGGUGCAGGACAGUGCCACCGAGCCGGAGGAAGAGGAGGAAUAUCUCAUCAUCGAAAAGGAAGAGCAGUACACCGAGGACUCCAUCAAUGAACCGGAAAGCAGUGCCACUAAGGAGGAAGAAAUUCAGAAGCACCAGCGCGAUUCGCAAGAAUCCGAGAAACGUAAGCGCGACAGCUUGGAGGAAGAGAAGGAGGAAAAGGCGGAUGCGGUUAAGAUUGUUGGUCAGACGGCGACGGCCGCAGAGGUUGUUGACAGUGAAAAGGCGGAUGACGAUCAGCCAGAACAAGUCGAAGGCGUCGUGCAAGCUAGUGCUCCGGCGGAAGAGGAACUGGACGACCAGGAACGGGAAGUGCAGGAGAAGCUUUCGCCCAAGCACAAACAAGAACUCGAAGAGGAAGUGCAGGACAUUAUCGCUUCGGCGAAGGAAAUCGCCAAAUCCAAGAUGGAAACCUCAAUGGAUGGUUUGAAAACGGAGGAAAUCUCGUCUAUCAGUCCCGACGAAAAGAUGAGCAGCACGAAAAAGACCAGCGAUACUCGGGAUGAGGAACAAGAGCUACCGAUCGGUCAUCCGAAGGAUCACAUCGAUCCACCACAUCACGAGAGCCACCACGAGGAGCGUGUAUCGGCUACCGUCGAGUCUGGGGCAACCACGACCGCUCCCACGCUUCCCGAAGACGAACGCAUCCCGCUAGACGAGAUUAAGGAAGAUCUUGUAAUUGAGGAGAAACACGUCAAGGAAGAAACGAAAGAAAUCGAAGUGACUUCGGCGGUGGCGGUUGCUGCUGCUACUGCUGCUGCUGCAGCAAUACCAACCGAACAACCAACAGGACCAGUGGCAGCAGCAGAAAUUACAGCUACUGCGGCAGCCGCUCCGUUGCAAACCGUUUACGAGCCGCUAGAACGACCAACACCGGCAAAGAUGCAGUUCAGUGCACAACAAGCGCACAUGCGAGAUGUGGUGAAGACACCGGACGAAGUAGCGGAUCUGCCGGUGCACGAAGAGGCCGAUCUCGAGGAGGAUUAUGGUGAAGAUAAGGAUAAGGACAGCAAAGAGGACGAGGAUAAGGAUCGUGAUACGAAAGAAAAGCCAGAGGAAGAACCCGUCGUCGCAGUCUCUACGACAACGGUAGCAUCCACAAUGGCGGCGAUAGAGACUGAUGCUAAGCAACUUGAGAAGACUGAUGAUGAAAGGCACGUAGUGGAUAAGUCAGUUGAAAGUGAUAAACCAUGUGAUACGGCGAGCAAGGCAACUGAAGUGAAGGAAGUGUUCGAAAAGGUUGAACGAGACACUCGGCUGGACAAGCCACCAAAACCAGACGCACAUGAAACUAAGGAACAGGAUGCUUCGAACGCAAUGCUCAUGGACGAUUCUAUCUUAAGGGAUUUGGAGUCUCAAAUUAUCCCUGUGGAUGAUAAGCUCGACAGUGCAGUAACGGUACAGCAACAGCAUCAAGUUAAGCAAGAAAGCAAGACACCAGUCGAAGAAACGCAUGCUGAUCAGGAGGAGGAUGAUGAUGAUGAAGCCAACAAGGUACCGGUAGAAGAAGAGCUGAUUGUCGCGCAAAAAGUAGUACCUAAAGUUCCGCAACCGCCACAAACUGUUACAUCAGUAUUAGACGAGAUCUGGCAAACGCCAUCGAAGGUAGAGGAGAAACUGGACGAGUUAAAACAUCUGAUCGACGACAAGGUGGCAGCCUCGAUGAAAGGCACCGUGUCGGAAUUAGUAGCCAUGAAGGACACUAUGGUAAAAAGUGUAGCAGAGCAGAAGGAAGAAAUUAUGGGUACUGUCAAGGAAGAAGUCAAGGACACUGAUCGUAAGGUGAAGGAUAUGAUCCAGGACGCUGGCAAGGAGGCAGAACUAAUGGCUGUACAAACGGCUGGUGAAAUUGUGACCGAUAUUACUGCCAAAACGGACACCGUGCUGGAUAAUUUGCAAGCUAAAACCAAACAAGUCGAUGACGAAUUGAAGGCAGCCACUACAAAGCUCGACGCUAAAGUGGAUUCGUUUGUACAGGAUGCGUCGCAGUUUGCUACGAAAGUUGAUGAAACCUUGGUUACAAUUGCGGCCGAAAAAAGUGAACUGGAAAAGCUUGCCAAAGAUCUCAAACAAGAUGUGGCGAGUCAGCUGGAUAAUGCAAAACAGCAGAUCGAGGAGGACAUCGCGAAGGAGGUAGAGAAAGUCCAAGAUAAAGCCAAGACUGGCAUCAGUUCAUUCUUCGGAAGUAUUACCGAGGGCAUCAAGAGUGGAAUUGAAAAAAUGGCGGACAAAGUGGAAAGUAAGAUCAAGGACAAAACCGACGAAGUGGAAGUGAAACUGCAACAAGUUACCGAAAAGAUCGACAGUCUGCAAAUGGAACGCGAAUCGGGAUCCGCUACUGUGGCUCAACAGGAAGCAGGGCAAGCGUUUGAUCGAUUUGGUGGACCCUACGAACGGAGCUUCACGCAGGAGUUGCGGGAAACUCAUAUUACCACGGUUGAUUCUCCGGUCACAGAUGGAGAUAAGCUGAGUAUGGAGCUAAAAUCGAUGGUCAACAUUCCGCAUGACAUCGACGAAGAUAAGGAACUCGAAGAGCUGGAGGCCAACAAAAACAUGGGUACCUUCGUCAUCGAAGACAUUAAGUACAGUGCUUUUGAGGAUGCCAAUCUACGCGAGAUUAAAGAGGAAGAGGAGGAAGAUCGUGUCUCACCACCACAGGGAGGAUCGGAAAAACUUGGCCCAUCCGUAGGGGUAAUGCCACCACGAGCUCGAACUCCGGAAGAUGUAGCUAAAAUAGUGGCCAAUGUGGCGGAAGUGCUAAAGUCCGACAAAGAUUUGGAAGAAAUCAUCCCCGGUUUCGAUCCACAAGAGCUGGAACGUAAGCUUUCCCAAGGAGCUGCCCGCGAAGAAGAUGUAGGCACUGUUCAACGGAUGCUCGUCACGGCCAGCAGUGAGGAUGGAGGGGAAGAAACUGUCAUCUGUGCCGAUGGCACUAUUACUUUCUCAAAGUCAGCCACUCCGGAACCGAUGCAGGGUUCAGGUACAACUACGCCGGAGAUUAAGGUGCAGGAAGAAAACGAGGAAGAGGAGGACGAGGCGGAGAAAUCUGGCAAAUCAUCACCCGACCUAAAAACAUCGCCGACUUCGAUAGAAGAAAAGGAUAAACACGAACUACCCGAGAAGGUGGUGCAGGUAGAAACGGCUAAGCCCAAAUCACAAGAGGAAACUGUUGGUAUGUUGAGUGACAUUCAUAAGGAAUCUUUAGCAGAUCACCAAACAGACGAUCUCAUUGAUGAUACAAGACGCGAAUCGGCCAUCAGUACGUUCAGCGAACGAGACUACACUAAAGAUGAAAGUUCAUUCGUCGAUGAGCGUGACUCGUCUCGUGCGCAUUCCAUCUCGAGCCACAUCAGUGAUCUCAAAGAAGACCCAACGGACCUCAAAUCAGUUGCAGACUUUUUGAAAGAAUCUGACAAAGAACACGAUCAGGUAUUUGUGGAAACGGAGGAAAAGAUGAAGGAGCUAUCCAGUCCCGAAUCGAUUACAAGCCAAAAGACAGUUUCGGAGAAGGAAGCUCCUGGCAUGGAGGGAAAAGAAUCGGCAGCGGCCAAAUUAAACGAAUCUAGCAAAUUCAUGACACAAGAGUCUGUGAAGCAAACGGCUGCUGCAAAAGAAGAAGACCUUUCCACGAAACAAUCAACCCAAGAAGAGGUAUUUUCCCGUCCAGAUUCUCCCGCCAGUGUAGGAGAUGUGUCUCAUCAAGCCGCAUCUUUGCAAAAAGAUAAAGAACAGCCAGAUGAUGAACAAAACAUUCCCACAAGAUACAAGCUAAAAGAAUCCGCUUCACUGGACCUGGCCGAAGAACAACAACAAGCCCACGAAUUUUCACGACCAGCAUCGCCAGACAGCGCUGAAGAAGUUUCCCGGCCGGCAUCGGCAGCUGAAACAGAACCAGAACGGCCUGCUUCCGCUGCUAGUGGACCCGCAGACAAGGCUCCUUCAGAGAAGUCCGUCGAUCUGAAGGCUGAGACCAAGGACGAUUCGCGACCUGCUUCCGCUGCUAGUGGACCCGCAGACAAGGCUCCUUCAGAGAAGUCCGUCGAUCUGAAGGCUGAGACCAAGGAGGAUUCGCGACCUGCUUCCGCUGCUAGUGGACCCGCAGACAAGGCUCCUUCAGAGAAGUCCGUCGAUCUGAAGGCUGAGACCAAGGAGGAUUCGCGACCUGCUUCCGCUGCCAGUGGACCCGCAGACAAGGCUCCUACAGAGAAAUCCGUCGAUCUGAAGGCUGAGACCAAGGAGGAUUCGCGACCUGCUUCAGCUGCUAGUGGAUCCGCGGACAAGUCUCCUUCAGAGAAGUCCGUCGAUCUGAAGGCUGAGACCAAGGAGGAUUCGCGACCUACUUCCGCUGCCAGUGGACCCGCAGACAAGGCUCCUUCAGAGAAGUCCGUCGAUCUGAAGGCUGAGACCAAGGAGGAUUCGCGACCUGCUUCAGCUGCUAGUGGACUCGCAGACAAGGCUCCUUCAGAGAAGUCCGUCGAUCUGAAGGCUGAUACCAAGGAGGAUUCGCGACCAGCUUCAGCUGCCAGUGGACCCACAGACAAGGCUCCUUCAGAGAAGUCCGUCGAUCUGAAGGCUGAGACCAAGGAGGAUUCGCGACCUGCUUCAGCUGCUAGUGGACCCGCAGACAAGGCUCCUUCAGAGAAGUCCGUCGAUCUGAAGGCUGAGACCAAGGAGGAUUCGCGACCUGCUUCCGCUGCUAGUGGACCCGCAGACAAGGCUCCUUCAGAUAAGUCCGUCGAUCUGAAGGCUGAGACCAAGGAGGAUUCGCGACCUGCUUCAGCUGCUAGUGGACCCACAGACAAGGCUCCUUCAGAGAAGUCCGUCGAUCUGAAGGCUGAGACCAAGGAGGUUUCGCGACCUGCUUCCGCUGCUAGUGGACCCGCAGACAAGGCUCCUUCAGAGAAGUCCGUCGAUCUGAAGGCUGAGACCAAGGAGGAUUCGCGACCUGCUUCCGCUGCCAGUGGAACCACAGAUAAGGCUCCUUCAGAGAAGUCCGUUGAUCUGAAGGCUGAGACCAAGGAGGAUUCGCGACCUGCUUCAGCUGCUAGUGGACCCGCAGACAAGGCCCCUUCAGAGAAGUCCGUCGAUCUGAAGGCUGAGACCAAGGAGGAUUCGCGACCUGCUUCCGCUGCUAGUGGACCCGCAGACAAGGCUCCUUCAGAGAAGUCCGUCGAUCUGAAGGCUGAGACCAAGGAGGAUUCGCGACCUGCUUCCGCUGCUAGUGGACCCGCAGACAAGGCUCCUUCAGAGAAGUCCGUCGACCUGAAGGCUGAGACCAAGGAGGAUUCGCGACCUGCUUCCGCUGCCAGUGGAACCACAGAUAAGGCUCCUUCAGAGAAGUCCGUUGAUCUGAAGGCUGAGACCAAGGAGGAUUCGCGACCUGCUUCAGCUGCUAAUGGACCCGCAGACAAGGCUCCUUCAGAGAAGUCCGUCGAUCUGAAGGCUGAGACCAAGGAGGAUUCGCGACCUGCUUCCGCUGCUAGUGGACCCGCAGACAAGGCCCCUUCAGAGAAGUCCGUCGAUCUGAAGGCUGAGACCAAGGAGGAUUCGCGACCUGCUUCCGCUGCUAGUGGACCCGCAGACAAGUCUCCUUCAGAGAAGUCCGUCGAUCUGAAGGCUGAGACCAAGGAGGAUUCGCGACCUGCUUCCGCUGCUAGUGGCCCCGCAGACAAGGCUCCUUCAGAGAAGUCCGUCGAUCUGAAGGCUGAGACCAAAGAGGAUUCGCGACCAGCUUCAGCUGCCAGUGGACCCGCAGACAAGGCUCCUUCAGAGAAGUCCGUCGAUCUGAAGGCUGAGACCAAGGAGGAUUCGCGACCUGCUUCCGCUGCCAGUGGCCCCGCAGACAAGGCUCCUUCAGAGAAGUCCGUCGAUCUGAAGGCUGAGACCAAAGAGGAUUCGCGACCUGCUUCCGCUGCCAGUGGACCCGCAGACAAGGCUCCUUCAGAGAAGUCCGUCGAUCUGAAGGCUGAUACCAAGGAGGAUUCGCGACCUGCUUCCGCUGCUAGUGGACCCUCAGACAAGUCUCCUUCAGAGAAGUCCGUUGAUCUGAAGGCUGAGACCAAGGAGGAUUCGCGACCUGCUUCAUCUGCUAGUGGACUCGCAGACAAGGCUCCUUCAGAGAAGUCCGUCGAUCUGAAGGCUGAGACCAAGGAGGAUUCGCGACCUGCUUCCGCUGCUAGUGGACCCGCAGACAAGGCUCCUUCAGAGAAGUCCGUCGAUCUGAAGGCUGAGACCAAGGAGGAUUCGCGACCUGCUUCCGCUGCUAGUGGACCCGCAGACAAGGCUCCUUCAGAGAAGUCCGUCGACCUGAAGGCUGAGACCAAGGAGGAUUCGCGACCUGCUUCAGCUGCUAGUGGACCCGCAGACAAGGCUCCUUCAGAGAAGUCCGUCGAUCUGAAGGCUGAGACCAAGGAGGAUUCGCGACCUGCUUCCGCUGCUAGUGGACUCGCAGACAAGUCUCCUUCAGAGAAGUCCGUUGAUCUGAAGGCUGAGACCAAGGAGGAUUCGCGACCUGCUUCCGCUGCUAGUGGACCCGCAGAUAAGGCUCCUUCAGAGAAGUCCGUCGAUCUGAAGGCUGAGACCAAGGAGGAUUCGCGACCUGCUUCCGCUGCUAGUGGACCCACCGACAAGGCUCCUUCAGAGAAGUCCGUUGAUCUGAAGGCUGAGACCAAGGAGGAUUCGCGACCUGCUUCCGCUGCCAGUGGCCCCGCAGACAAGGCUCCUUCAGAGAAGUCCGUCGAUCUGAAGGCUGAGACCAAGGAGGAUUCGCGACCUGCUUCAGCUGCUAGUGGACCCGCAGACAAGGCUCCUUCAGAGAAGUCCGUCGAUCUGAAGGCUGAGACCAAGGAGGAUUCGCGACCUGCUUCCGCUGCUAGUGGACCCGCAGACAAGGCUCCUUCAGAUAAGUCCGUCGAUCUGAAGGCUGAGACCAAGGAGGAUUCGCGACCUGCUUCCGCUGCUAGUGGACCCACAGACAAGGCUCCUUCAGAGAAGUCCGUCGACCUGAAGGCUGAGACUAAGGAGGAUUCGCGACCUGCUUCAGCUGCUAGUGGACCCGCAGACAAGGCUCCUUCAGAGAAGUCCGUCGAUCUGAAGGCUGAGACCAAGGAGGAUUCGCGACCUGCUUCCGCUGCUAGUGGACCCGCAGACAAGGCUCCUUCAGAGAAGUCCGUCGAUCUGAAGGCUGAGACCAAGGAGGAUUCGCGACCAGCUUCAGCUGCCAGUGGACCCACAGACAAGGCUCCUUCAGAGAAGUCCGUCGAUCUGAAGGCUGAGACCAAGGAGGAUUCGCGACCUGCUUCCGCUGCUAGUGGACCCUCAGACAAGGCUCCUUCAGAGAAGUCCGUCGAUCUGAAGGCUGAGACCAAGGAGGAUUCGCGACCUGCUUCCGCUGCUAGUGGACCCACAGACAAGGCUCCUUCAGAGAAGUCCGUCGACCUGAAGGCUGAGACCAAGGAGGAUUCGCGACCUGUUUCAGCUGCUAGUGGACCCGCAGACAAGGCUCCUUCAGAGAAGUCCGUCGAUCUGAAGGCUGAGACCAAGGAGGAUUCGCGACCUGCUUCAGCUGCUAGUGGACUCGCAGACAAGGCUCCUUCAGAGAAGUCCGUCGAUCUGAAGGCUGAGACCAAGGAGGAUUCGCGACCUGCUUCCGCUGCUAGUGGACCCGCAGACAAGUCUCCUUCAGAGAAGUCCGUCGAUCUGAAGGCUGAGACCAAGGAGGAUUCGCGACCUGCUUCCGCUGCCAGUGGACCCGCAGACAAGGCUCCUUCAGAGAAGUCCGUCGAUCUGAAGGCUGAGACCAAGGAGGAUUCGCGACCUGCUUCAGCUGCUAGUGGACCCGCAGACAAGGCUCCUUCAGAGAAGUCCGUCGAUCUGAAGGCUGAGACCAAAGAGGAUUCGCGACCUGCUUCCGCUGCCAGUGGACCCGCAGACAAGGCUCCAUCAGAGAAGUCCGUCGAUCUGAAGGCUGAGACCAAGGAGGAUUCGCGACCUGCUUCCGCUGCUAGUGGACCCGCAGACAAGGCCCCUUCAGAGAAGUCCGUCGAUCUGAAGGCUGAGACCAAGGAGGAUUCGCGACCUGCUUCAGUUGCUAGUGGACCCACAGACAAGGCUCCUUCGGAGAAGUCCGUCGAUCUGAAGGCUGAGACCAAGGAGGAUUCGCGACCUGCUUCAGCUGCUAGUGGACCCGCAGACAAGGCUCCUUCAGAGAAGUCCGUCGAUCUGAAGGCUGAGACCAAGGAGGAUUCGCGACCUGCUUCCGCUGCCAGUGGACCCGCAGACAAGGCUCCUUCAGAGAAGUCCGUCGAUCUGAAGGCUGAGACUAAGGAGGAUUCCCGGCCUGCUUCAGCUGCUAGUGCUAGUGUGCCAGGUGUACCUUCGAGACCCGAUUCAGUUGCAUCAAACAAAUCUUUCAUAAUGGAUUCUAAGAGUGGACUUGACACAACAUCAGUCACGUCAUUUGCGAGAUUUGAAGAAUCCUUAUCCCGUCGUGAAUCAUCAACCACCAAGGAUGAACACGAUGGCGCUAUGAGUGAUGGUGAUGAGGACAAUUUCGAACCAAAAGUGUGUAUGAAAGAAACUCGAUCGAAAUCCAUGUCCGCUGUAGUCACUUCUUCUGGACAGCGUUCCGGAUUUGAAGGUGGUACUUUGGGAGUACUUGAAGAAUCGGUUAUAGCUUCGCGUGAUGAUUUGGAUAUGAUACGUAGCCCUCGAGAUAGUGUUACUAAGCUAGACCCUUCAUUUAUUCCAAAACAAUCGGAAAGCGCGUUGAACAAAUCCUUUAAACCAUUGUUCGGAGACGAACCACAAUUCCCUGGGGAGAAAGAUGAUGCACUUAAGCAUGAUACUACUACCAUGUUUCCGAAAUGUGGUUUAGACAGUUCCGAAAGUCCCGACCAUGGUGCAACGAUCGCUAAAGGCAUGGAUCAGCUUCUGAAAGAUACAGUCACCUCAAUGAAGGAAAUUGAAAAAAUGACAUCGACAGUCAUUUCCUCCACGAAAAUAGAUGAAUCGAUGAUCGAAACUAAGACGACAGUAGCAUCAAUUCCGGGAGCAUUCCCAAUGACAGGGGACAGCGGCAAAUCUUCACCCUAUCUUGGUGAAAAAUCACAGGAAUCCAGCGCCAAAUCAGUUAGUCCACUACAAGACAAGGACUCGCUUGAGGAGAGCACCACUUCGCUGAACACUUUCAUCGAAAAGGACAGCUUGUCAGAAAAGGCGUCCAGCCAACAGCAACACGUCUCAAUUCGCAUGAGUUCAGCUGGCGAGUCUUCGGUCGAACAAUGUACGACGUCAGCCGAAAAGGUCACAGAAGAAUUUCUCCUCACGGGUAGCAAAACACCACCAACAGCCCCUAUCAGCCCGAACGUGGCCGCUAAGGAAAGCAUAAGUAUAACUCAAUCUCAUUACGAAUCCUCCGUACUAUCUGGUUCGACCUCUGUUGCGUCAGCGACAACUACUUUGGCGACUUCUGCUAUGACGACAACUAUCCCGACCGCGCCAAAGGACGAUGCAUCUGGUAUUUCAACACCUAAAGAGUCUGUACCAUCUGGCAAGUCGAGCCCGGGGCUGAUGUCCGUGCACACGCAAGGUAGUACGGACAGUGCUUCCAAAUCGAUCAACUUGGGCCACAGCAGUUCAGGUAUUGAGACAUCAGAUUCAUCGCCAAAGCCUACAUCGCCCUUUCCGAAGGUGGUCGUAGACACGCUGAAACUUGCGGACGAAGCAAAGACCACCUCCGGCAUGAGCACACCGGACAUGACGCGUUCCUCAACGCCAGACAUGGUCGACUCACAGAUUGAGCGUAUCGCCACAACUACAGCUAGCGCAGAUAAGGGUGACUCUCAGACUACUGUCACGACUACAACGACAACGACAAAGACCACGACGUACAUCAUCAAAGAUGGGCAGAAGAUAGAAGUGGACAGCAACGAGCAAAGUGAUACGGUAAGCAAAACUGAAACACAACAGCCCGGCGCAUCCACCGGUGCUCUCGCGGGAGUCACAUCCUCUACUACGACUUACGCCAUCAAGGAUGGGCAAAAGGUCGAAGUGGACAGCAGCAUCCGCAGCGUUGUGUCCGACCAGACCUCUGAGGCAAUCGCUGCGACAAAAGCAUCCGCACCCACCCAGCUUACCCUGGCCGGAACCGAAGAACGCAGUUUCACCGAAGACUACGAUGAAAAGGAUGUUCUAUCACCGCGGUCAGAUAUAUCUUCCGGGCAGGCGUCACGCAUUGUAGCCGGCUGGCACGAUGAGGAUGUCCCUGGGUCACCCAUGAGCGUGACCUCGCAAGCUCCGUUGUCGCCCAGCACUAAGUACACCUAUGACUAUGACCUGCAGCAUUCCAGCUCGGGGGUGAGCAAGAAGUCCGACAUCGAAAUAGACCAGGACAGUCAGGAUGACAUUGUGCCGCCCCAGUAUGGAAGCGAGGAGGCGAAAACGGCCAUGCCUAUCACUUCCAGCUACAAACCGGAUCCGAUGAGCACUUCAUUCUACGGACAGCUGCCAGAAGUACCGUCGAGCAUGACGAUGGCGUCGAGCACUACCCGGUCGAUUCCAAUUCCGAUCACCGGGGCAACGAAGGGCUUCUCCAAACCGUACGUCGAAUAUGCAUCCAGCGGCGAUAGCAGUGUCGAUUCCACUCACAAACCACCCGUAACCGGCGACCGUAAAUAUCUGGACGAGGCGGACUUGGACUUUGAAAAGGCAUUCAGCAGCGCUAGCAGCACUAAGAUGGAUGAUGUCAUGACCACCUCGAUGCACUUCUCGAGUGAGAAGGAAUUUAUGGCAGCGACAACCACGGUCGCUAGUAUGGCACAAGCGCAAAAAAUGGAAAUGGACUUCACCUCCACAGGACUUCCGUCGUCAGUGACAACUACCCUAACGGGAGCGCAGCCGAGCGCAACGGUAGCACAGUCCCAGCCGCCGCAACCAUCACAACCCCAAGCGCAAUCACAAUCAAGUCUAUUACAAUCAACCCAGCCAACUGCACAGUCCACGAGUGCGUCCUCUGCGGAAGCAAAGAGCGUGCUUGAUUCAUGGGGAAAGCCGUUGGGACUGCCAUCGCCUGCUCCGAUGACAGCCGAUGACAACAAAACGACCCCGAAGAAGGAACGUCGCAUGCUGAUGAGCAAAACGAAGCUGAACAACGAGAAGAACCUUCGCAAGCGGGCCGAAUCCCCUACCAAGGCGAAAAAGCCCACUAGCCCCGUCUACGUAGACCUGUCAUACGUGCCACAUCACGGCAACUCGUACUACGCGAACGUGGAAUUCUUCAAGCGUGUCCGAGCCCGCUACUACGUAUUCUCCGGCACCGAACCGAGCCGGGAGGUGUACAAUGCCCUACUGGAGGCCAAACAGACAUGGGAAGAUAAAGAAUUAGAGGUAACUAUCAUUCCGACGUAUGACACCGAUGUACUUGGCUACUGGGUUUCGGAGAACGAGGAACUGCUCGCCAAAUAUCACAUCGAUCUAUCUCCAAGCGCGGCACGGUGUACAAUCAACCUGCAGGACCACGAAACGUCCUGUUCGGCUUACCGGCUCGAGUUCUAGGCAUCUAGGGAGCAGCGAUGAUAGCAUUUAACGGUUACAUUUAGGACGUGGAUGUGAACGCCCAUUGGAAUGCCGCACCAUCAUGUCGUCAGCUAAAUAGUUUCUAAAUGGAUUUCCCUUUCUCUUCCAAAGAAAGCGGUUGAGUAAGGCGGAUCAGAGUGAGUAGACCAUACCUGAUUCUGUUUGUUUUUUGUUCAUCGUACCACAAUACGCUACUAAUUGAUCGAUAACACUCCUUCAAUUGGUAGCGGUACGUAUCUAGUCCUAGUGAGUGCAUCCUGGCAAUGCAGCAACGUUAAGUUAUAUUAGACGUUUUCCUCAAAUCGAAAGGUAUUAAUUGACACGCAAGGUUCGUUGAGAUAGAGAGAGAGAAAACAAUGGGAAUAUCAUUCCUGGAACAGGAAAAUAGUUGGAAAAGAAUAGCAGGGAACUAAACUAAUUUAAACGAAGAGCUUACUUUGUAGAGCAGACCCUUGACGCUGGCCGCGCAAAGUGACGUAUUUGUUGAGCUUCCGCUAGAAGACUCUAAGUUUAGGCAAGCAUCCAUAGAAUGCUGGGCAGGAUGAAUGUGAUGAACGGCAGCCUACCUGAUUUUUGAAUCUCCCUUAUGUCGUAGAAGCCGCUUUCGCACUCAUAUAUCGUUCCAAUGGCGAGAGGCAAUAUCUUUUUUUCCCCCCUUUAAUAGUCUAGGCGUCAAUGCAAGUGCUACCGCAAAAAAAAACCGAGAUACAGUGAAAGGGUGCUAGAGCCCUGUAGCUAGUUGUGAUACUGUUUAUUCGUUUAUUGAACAAACCACACACCAUAUGCUAUGUUGAAAUGUCAUACCCCGAACAGCAACAUCCCCAUAAAAAGUGUAAUUGUGUGUGAUGUUUUGAACGUUACAUGCGAUAUUGGUGGAGAACCCGCCCCAUUCGUAGGCUGGCAACUCGUCCAGACAGCACACAGCGGCUAUAGGUGAUCGGCCACAGGAUAGCAACAUACCGGAGGACAUAUAAUGGAGAGAAAUACGCACAACUUCCGUCUAAAGUCUACACCCAUUACUGAUGAUAAUCGCAUAUCGUUAGAGAUUCGAUCGGAUCUGCGGCAGGAUUAAUCAGACGAAUGCAAUUGUUAACGUACGUACAACAAUGCAACAACACCGUUCAAUCGCGAUCGUUAAUUGCGCCAAUUAUUAAAAGCAAAACAAAAGAGUUGACGGUUCGCGCCACCUAAUGGGCAAUUAAUAACGGGUCAGUUAAUCAGGGAGCAUACACACAGAAGCGAACAUUUCCUUUGGUUUGUCGAAGUGCGCCGAGGAUGGCGUAACGUCCACUGUUGGAAAUGGUACUGCUGAUGGAUGUAGUUCAAGAAGCAAACGUAUGUGAGAGAGUCCGAUAAAAAGGACAUCACACAAACAACAAAACGAAGCGGUCAGGUUUUUUGGAGACAGUGUUAAAACAAACUUUUAUACGCCAGCUUACAAUACAAAAACAACCUCCAGCAAUAGAUGAAUUGCGUCAGUCGCCUAAAUCCAAGCAAAGUCAGUCCACCCAUUAACGAAGGAUAAACUCUGUUUAGGUAGGUAGAUUACGUAGACGAAUCUUAUGAGAACGGCAUGAAGACGACGACGACGACGAUCGUCGCACUGCAAGACGUCCAUUGGAGAACAAUAUUAGGCCAGGGGUACCAUUUUCUCCCCCGUUUUCCCAACCUUGUUCCAAACACAACGCUCACCACAAACGCCCAUGCGAUGGGGAAGCGAACCGAACCAGAGGAUCACAUGCCGGGCUAGUCGGAGAAGUUGCCAACACUGCGAAUGGGGUUAGAAAAACGUAAUAUCAAAAGUUGCGCACCACUAACAAAACGAAGAGCUUUGAUGCGGGACAGGAGAGUCUAUUUACUAAAAAAAAACACUAUAUUGUUGAUCGUACACGUAUAACUCUCGUGGCACAAAGAUAAUCUUACCACUCCUUUUCGCUAGAGGGAUUCUGUACGCAGUGCAGACUGUACAUGGGUGAGGGGGGGGCCGAGGUAGGUGGGCGAGGGACCUGAUGGUUAUAUUUUCUACAUCCCCCUCCUGUCUCUCGCUCUCACACCCACAACAAACACACACGGUAACAGUGAGACAUUGUGGCAUCCCGAAACGGAACACAUGCUCUACCCGGGAACGCUGGCCCAAGGAAUGAAUGGAAAAAUGGUUACCUAUUUAAAAUCAACAUGUUUCAUUAUGCAAUUCAUCAUCAAGAAUAAUGAAGAUCACCGAUCACAUUGCUUCACUAAAUGAAUGAUUGAUUAUAAAAUCUCGAGGAUGAAAACUCUAUUUAUCUAAAUAUAGUCAGAAACAAGACAAUUUAAAGAGAAAAACAAAAUGUACCAUGUUACUACAUUUAAUCUUCCUUAGAGCAAAAAGAAUAUUAAAGAAAGCAAGCAAGAAGCAGGGCAGAAAACGCCAGCAUAACAAAAAAGAAAAGUGUUGUUAAGCCCGAGAGUGGUCGAGGCAGUAAGAGAGUUGAAUAAAUCGUAAAUCAAAGUUUCCUAUAUUCCAGCGAGAACCCCCCAAAAAACACACACACUCUCUCUCUCUCUAAUGCAUACAUCCCCAAUUGUUCAUGGAACGUGUUAUGCUCUGAAAGAAACUUUCAGCUAUAGUUAUUACCAAAACACAAACCAAAACAACCAAAAAAAAACACACAAUUAGUGUAAAAGCAUUGCAAAAAGAUAAAAGUACAUUCGGAAUGGGGAUUAAAACCGCAGAAUGCAUCUGAUGCAUUAUUCCAACACGAGAUAACAAACGCAAGGUGAACAAAGUAUAUAACUUCACACGAGUUUGACUAGAGAUAUAAGUUCAUGAAACAGUUCAAAAUGAAGCAACUUACGAACAACAAACAUGCAAACAACAUAAAAUGCAAGAGGAAAUUACGUGAGGUAGUGCCACAGAAGAAAAAGGCUAUGGGUACGGUACGAAUGUUCAACAUUAACAAUAAUAAGCGAAUUAUUUAUUGGCACCAACCAAAUAACAAAAGAAAGCAAAGCAGCGCUUCAGCAAAAGCGAUCGAUUUGUGUUACAAGAACGGUGUUAAUUAAUAUAUAAAAUAACUACUCUAACGAUGUUUAGUUUCGAUGGCUGUUUAGUAACAAAAAACAAACAAAAAUGCAUUGCAAAGUCGCAUCUAAAAACGAAGAACAAAAAAACGUAUGUAAAAUCAUCCCACUCAUCCACAAAAAAAAACACUAUCCACAAAACAAAUGAACUGCUUUAAAAGGCCAAACAAAGAAACGGACAUGUAACGGCCCCGUGGUCGUUGGGUGUUCGUUUUGUCGACGGAACACACAGCCUGUUGGAAACGAUAGUGAAAGCAUAAACCUAGACAGAACAGCGCGUCGUCCUUGGUAAGCGGGGGAGAGAUUCAAGCAAAAUUUGUCGAUUUUUAUAUGCAAAUUUUAAGCUUUUAUAUUAGCCAAAAUAAUACACACACACACAUCCACAUUAAAGUACAUUUCAACGCGCGUUGAUAGGAACGGCUUGAACGAAACCUCUCGCUCUCUCUCGCUCAGCAAAAGUAAUGCUUGUGAUUUCUGACUCCGGCCACGAAACGGCGGCAUGGGACGAACAUUUACUAUUUGCCAAUAGCAUUGCAUGGAUAUUAGGAUAGGUUGUUAGAAUCAAAGUCUGCUAAAUGGUAAUGAGGAAGGGUGUGGGGAACAGCAACAGCAAGAGGACAUCUCGGAUGUGGCCAAGCAAAAUAAAAAAAAAACCAGCCAAGGGAAAGUGCUUUGCAGCUUGUUCGAUAGAUGGUUUUUGUGCUUUGCGUGUUGUGUGUAUUUGCAAGAUAUGUAUUCAUUUGCUACAUUGUUUGGUCACCCGCUUCACAAACUCAACCCCGGCCAACCGUAACAAACGCGGGAUGGUGGUAGUGACUGUUUUCCUGAUUUGCCUUAGCUUGCGCCGACGAGCCAUUUUUGGCCAUUUGAGCAUUCUUAUUACCCGUUAGUGUUAGGGCGCAUUUGUCCGUUGUGAUUUUGAGUUUCGCUUGCGAGCGGUGAGUUUUUGGGAAAUGCUUGUAUGUUUUUUGGGUGCUAUGUACCGGAAAUGCCUUCUAGGAAGAAUAGGAACGUGAAGAUGCUAAAGGGGAAUCUGUUUCCUGUGAAACGACUAAGGUUUACCCCGGGAUUACGAACAAAGAAGGGCUGUGCGAUUAUGUUGAGGACAUGUUUAAGCAAGGCAAACACAAAGACGGUUAAGAAGUAUGACGACGAAUUGGUGAAACGAACCGGCGGUGAUAACUGUUGUCACGAAAUUAAAAUACCUUGAGGGCCUAGGAUAAAGUUCAGUUAACGUUUAAAGCAAUGCUGUUUGCUUCCCGAACAUCAGCAAUCUGCCCUGGAAAUGGAAACGAACUGUACCCAUGUUUUGCCGUAAGACAUUUCAUCACCAAAACGGAUUGUCUGAGUUUGCUAGUACUGUUAAGUAAUGGGUAGAAUUCGACAUUAGGUUUACGAUCAUCGCAUUUCACGUGGUGAACGCUAGCUUGUGGCUUAUGUUAGCUUGACGAUUCACACUAUACCAUAUCCUACUUUCAAAACGCUAUCAAACAUGAGCGGACGUAAAAGCUUUCGAUCUUUCAAACGAGAAAAAACAACAGUCAAACCGAUUAGACUGAAAGUGACAACAUGAGACGCAAAGUUGGAAAAGAAACGCGACAAGAGAUUGGAAUGGAAUUGAACGCUGAACGAUAAGGGAAAUUAAAUGAAUCUACAUUCUACACAAUAAACAAACACAUGCACACAUUCUGAUACUAUAAUACAAGAUUAUCAUUAACACUGGGGUCACAUUUGAUGAGAUCUCUCGUAGCAAAAAACAACAACCAAAAAAAAACCUAUACUUUUAGCUUCAUCUAGUCAGUUAAUUGAAUGUUUCAUCA